AUGGCAGACCCAGGGAAGGGUCGUGGUCGAGGCUUAGACUUGCUCAAAGCUCUCAAAUCUCACAUGGAAAAAUCAUCUUCAUCUGAUUCAACUCCUAGCCCUAGUGUUGCUCCCAGUACUUUAAGUAUGCCUAGUACUAACUUAGGGGGAAGAGGAAGAGCAGCCAUGCUAUUUGCAAAAAUGCAAGAAAUGGAGAAACCAGGAGGUUCUACAACAACAUUUAGUCCAGCAUCCGAUGUGAGUCCAGGUCCAGCAUUAGGCAGAGGUAGAGGAUUACAGCUUUUGCAAACCUUAAAAGCAACACAAAAGAUAUCUACCCCUAGUCAAGUGAGUGCGAGUGAUGUGGAUAAUGUUACAAGUAGAAUGGCAGCCAGCACUAUAUCUACUGCAGUAUCAAGUACAGCAGGGAAAAAUAAAUACUUUAGAGAAGUAAAAGAAACACCACCCGUAGUUAUGAAAGGGGAGUCAGGAACACCAUGUGAAGUCACAUGUAACUUCAUUCGCCUCAACUGUGAAGAGAACAAUGUGUUUGAAUAUGAAGUCAGAUAUGAUCCUGAUCAGGAUCAUAAGCAUUUGCGCUUCAAGCUCUUAAAUGAGCAUCAUCACCUUUUCAAAGAGAAGACAUUUGAUGGCACUACAUUGUAUGUCCCACACCAACUUCCAGAAGAAGCUCUCAAACUUGUAUCCACCAAUCCCUAUGACCAAACCAAAGUUAAUCUUACCAUAUUGCUUCGUCGUACUCGUCGUCUAAGCGAAAUGAUACAGAUUUAUAAUAUGUUAUUCAAGCAUAUUAUGAAUGAUCUGGAACUAGUCAGGUUUGGAAGACAACAUUUCAAUGAGCAUGCAGCGAUACAAAUCCCACAACAUAAACUGGAAGUAUGGCCGGGAUAUGUAACAGCAGUGAGUGAAUUUGAAGGUGGUCUCAUGUUGACUCUUGAUUCCACUCACCGAGUGCUUAGAACUCAAACUGUUCUCUCCGUCAUUAAAGAUGCGAUACACAGGGAAGGUGCUGGAUGGAAAAGGGCCAUGUCAGAUAUACUGAUCGGGUGUUCUGUGAUGACUACGUAUAACAAGAAGCUGUUUCGUGUAGAUAGUAUAGAUGAUACAAUGACACCAAGAUCGACAUUUGAAAAGAAUGACAAAGGGCAAAUGGUGAAAAUAAGCUUUAUUGACUAUUAUAAGAAGAAUUAUGGCAUUGAUAUCAUGGACCCCGACCAACCGUUGCUUAUAUCCAGGGACACAAAACGCAUGCCAGGCUCAGAACAACCUGUAGACUUCAUGAUCUGCCUCGUGCCGGAGCUGUGCCAGCUCACCGGCCUCAGCGAUGACCAGCGGAGCAACUUCAGACUGAUGAAGGAUGUGGCCACUUAUACACGGAUCACGCCUAACCAACGGCAUGCUGCUUUUAAAAAGUACAUUCAAAACGUGCUAAACAACGAAAAAGCCAAGAGUCGUCUUAAAGGUUGGGGUCUAAGUAUAGCGCCAGAAACUGUAAACAUAACAGCCAGAACAUUACCACCGGAGCCCUUAUACUUUGGUAACAAUGUGAAAGUUCCCGGAAAACCCAACGCUGACUGGAACGGGGAGAUUGGAAAAAAUGCAGUCAUGGAAGCUGUGGAUAUCUUGAGAUGGGUUGUUCUGUUUACCGACAGAGAUAAACAGGUGGCUGCAGAUUUCGUGGCCACAAUGACGAGAUGCUGCGGUCCGAUGGGCGUGUGCGUGUCCAAGCCGGACCUGGUGCGGCUGCCCAGCGACCGCACCGACGCCUACGUGCUGGCGCUCAAGCAGUGCGUCACGGCGCAGCUGCAGCUGGUGGUGGCCAUCGCGCCCACCAUGAGGGACGACAGAUACGCUGCCAUCAAGAAGAUUUGUUGUGCUGACAAUCCAGUGCCGUCUCAGGUAAUCAACGCCCGAACGUUAAUGAACAAUCAAAAGAUACGUUCGAUAACACAGAAGAUAUUACUGCAAAUUAAUUGUAAACUCGGCGGCACUCUGUGGAGUAUAAGCAUUCCGAUGAAGACUGCGAUGGUUGUCGGCAUCGAUUCUUAUCACGAUGCGAGCAGGAAGAAACGUAGCGUUUGUGCAUUCAUCGCGUCGUACAACCAAAGUAUGACUCACUGGUACUCCAAGGCCGUCUUCCAAGAGCGAGGCCAAGAAAUCGUGGACAGUCUCAAAUCAUGCCUCGUAGAUUCCCUCAAACACUAUUUGAGGACUAAUGGAACUUUGCCUGAACGUAUUGUCAUAUAUAGGGAUGGAGUUGGUGACGGUCAAUUAAAACUGGUUCAAGACUAUGAAAUCCCCCAAAUGCAGAUUAGUUUUUCCUUAUUGGGUGAAACGUACAAACCAAAGCUGACCUACAUUGUUGUGCAAAAAAGGAUCAACACUAGAAUAUUCUUGAAGGCUGGAAGAGAAUUUUCUAAUCCGAAUCCGGGUACUGUCGUUGAUCAUGACAUUACCAGAAGAGAUUGGUACGACUUCCUGAUAGUGUCGCAGAAGGUGAACCAGGGCACGGUGACGCCGACGCACUACGUGGUGGCGCACGACGGCGGCGGCAUGGCGCCCGACCAGUGCCAGCGCCUCACCUACAAGCUGUGCCACCUGUACUACAACUGGCCGGGCGCCGUGCGCGUGCCGGCGCCCUGCCAGUACGCGCACAAGCUGGCCUACCUGGUCGGCCAGAACAUACACCAGCAACCCUCCGAUGUGCUCUCCGAUAAGUUGUUCUUCUUG